AGAGAAAUGGUUUUAGUAAUAGUCAGCUCUUCUCCGCGAUUAAGUAAAACAAACACUGUUCGGUGUCAAUCAAGUUGGAUUUUAUCUCUGCGAAGUUCUACUUAAACUCAAGUCCACACGUUUUAUGGGCACCUUUAAUAGCGUGUUGAUAUUCAGUCCUCGGGUUGGAUAUAGUGUCGUUCCACAAAAACUCGAAAAUGUUUGAACUAAGCAUGUUUGGGGACAAUCUGGCCUUUAGCUUAACUUUAGAAAUUUUAGGGAAGCGAUAAUAGUUUAGGAAAAUCAUCCCUGUAUAGGAACUUCCAGAUAGCAACAACAAUUUGAAAGCUUGAAACAGCUUCGCUCGCCUCGGCGCCGCUUUUUAAGGAACAGCUUUCAGCGAGCUUUCAGGCCAACUCAGAUACAUAAGUGCUUUACAACGCAUCGAGCCCUUCCUUGACAGAAAUGUGUUUAUUUUUGUUUUUAAGUAUUUUUUCAAAAACUAUGAAAAAUGUGUUCCCUUUCAAUAAAAAUUUCGGUUUGUUAAUAUUAAACUUAUGAAGUGAAGUUUUUUUAUUUUCUUACUUUAAGAACAUCUGAGAUAGGUUUAAGCCCUUUUGUAAAUAAAUUGAAAGUUAAAAAAUUAAUAAUUUUGAAUUUUUUUGUAAAGCUUCCGUACAGAAUUACCUAAAUGACAAAAAAAUUAAGUAAUUAGUUUUUAAAAAGCGUUGACUGUCCUUAUGAAUGGUUUUGUAUAAAUUUUCGACAUACCGAACUCCAAUCCAGUAGUUAGCUUGAGCGCCUAAGUGAAUUCUGCCAAUCUUCUAGUUUUGGUAGUGUGGAGGUUUUUCAGUUGGUCUAUGUAUAAAUCUUACUUAAUUACCGCUUGGGAAGCUAUAUUUUUAAAUUCAUGUUCACCAUUUUACGGUCAUAUUACUACUUACUUAGUACUUCACGUUCAUACUCACCUAAGCGCAUUGGUUUUAUACUCGCCAAUAGUGUUUACGUUAUUAAGAAAACAUACGUAUGUACAAGUAAAAGAUUAACCCCAAGCCUUAGAAAUUAACAGCAACAACAACGAUGUCACAAAUUUAUAAGGUCAUAUGUAGUAGCACUUAAAGCUUGAUUAGUAAUUUUUAAUAAAUAACGGUAACAAGCAAAUUAAAUAAAACAAACACACAUUCACACAAACACACACAUACCUAUAUAUGAAGGUUACAUUUGUAACUUUGCUUGCUGCAUGAGACCGAAUGUAAUAGUAUGUAAUCCCCUAAAAUUUUCCUCCUUCAACUAACAUGCACUUACCAACAACAACAACAACAACAACUACAACGAUAUAACAAAACGACGAAUAAAAAAAACACACAAAAAAACUGCUGUCAACAGAGCUGGCGGCAUACGAACCCUGCAUCCGUUGCAGUUGCAGGCUGAAUGCACCGUAAUGCCCAGCAGUGGCUUCCAUCAGUUGCCCAUCGAAACGGAGCGCAUUGAGUUGUCCGAGGUGGAGUGCGAUGUGGACACUUUAAAGAAACUCAAGUUGGGUAUGCGCUCGACAUUGUGGUCGAGACCGUCGUCGACUACUUCACAGCUGCAACAGCCCAACAACAACAACAAACAACAGCAAGAUACGCGCUGUCCACCCCAACAAUCACAAAAGGGGCAACCACAAACGCAGUCACAUCCGCAACAGCACAGCAACAACAGCCGGCGCGACAACAACACACUCGCCUGCACCAUCACAACAAAAAUUGUUGAGUGAAAAAUCUGAUUAUUCGAUAUCAGUGUGAGAUUAGAUGUUGCAGCAGUUUUAAAAGUGUCGUGGCAAGUUAUACGUAAGCUGCCACACAUAGAUAAACGGGGUUUGCUGCUCUAUUAACGGUAAACGAAUUAUAUAGUUUAGUGAAAAUGAGUGUAAAUUGUUGGCGUUUAGUGAAUCUAUUUUGUGGGGAUACUUAGUUUUGAGUCGAGAUAAGUAUGAACAAGCGAUAGUUUAUUUCUAGAGUAUGUAUCUUGAAGGUGAGAAUGUGAAUGUUGGUGUUGUUGUUUUAUAUAACCUACAAAUAGUGCAUACCCUCAAGCUCCCAUGUGGCCAACAAACCUAACUUACUUAGAUUGAACCCUGCCCCCCACAAAAUUACUUGCCCUCUACUUUGUUUUUAUGUAUGUAUAUCAACCUUCCGCAUACAUAUUUACUCACAAUGGAAUACAGAUGAAUUUAAACUUUUGGACAAUCAAUCAAAAUUUGUACGAGACUUAAAAGGCAAACAUACACACGCAUCACACACCUAAUCCAAUCCCAUUUAUUAGUACUUAACUUAUGUAUAAUAAAAAUAUUUCAUCCACUUAUAAAUGCAUUAAAUAAUAUAUAUAAGUUUACUUUGUGCAUGCCAACUUCAUUCCCAAACUCCAUGAAUGCUAAACCAGACUCUCUAAACCACUAUUUCCCCACCACCUACCCAAAAUUUAUUGCUAGUUGUAUGUACUCCGAUGUUAAAUUACUACUAAGUUAACGAACAAAAUCAACCCAAGGUUGUAUAUGGGUACAUAUGUAUGUGUGUAAACUCGAAGGUACAUAUUUUUAUGCAUCUUUGUAUGUAAAUUUUUUAUAUAAAUUUAAAACAUUAAUAAAGAAAGGUAAGUUUUCAUAAUGGUCUAGAGGGUGUGAAAAAAAAACUAUUAAAAUAAGUUUAAACUACUAUCAAAUGAAUCCGAAAAUAUCUUUGAUUGUAUAUAAAUAACUGUAAACUAUAUGUAUUUUCAGUGUAAAUUGUUAAAAUGUUUCAAUGGUUUCGGAAAAAAGUUGGCUUUGAACUUACCAAAUAUUAUAUAUGUACAAUGCUUUCAGUUACAUGCAUAGGUAAAUAUAAUAGUUCCGAUGUACAUAGCUUUAAGUUUAGUGAAAUUGGGCGUAUUACUAAAAUGUCUUGUUUGUAAAAGAGUAAAAAAAAAAACAAAUUUAAAUAUACGAAUAUGUGAAUAUUUAAUAUUUUGAGAAAUGUGCCAUAAACACGGUGACCAUAUUUGUGGCAGCCGAAUACGGAACUAAAAAGGAUUUACAUCAUUUUUUAAAAAAACUAAAUUUCUCAGUAGUAACACAACUCGUGCUUCAAAAUCAUUUGAUAUUUUAGGAUAAAUUUGAAGGGAUCCAUUUCCCUUCCGCACUCUAGGAAGAACCUCACCUAAACUUGUUUUUGUAGUUUUCCCCGUUGCUUUUCUUGGCAUGCAAUCAGCAUUAGUCUUCUGUGGCGUAGUUUCCUCUGAUAAGUAGCCUCUGUACUCAAAAUUUUGAAAUUUCCCAGCAAUUGGCUCCAUUGCUUUCCCUAUAUACACAGUAUCACUGAUGGAUUCAUCAACACUUUUCAGAGUUUAUUUUUAUAAACUCUCGAACAUUUUAAAUAAUCAUGAACACCUAUUCAGUUUUCCUCAUAUUUUGUGUAAAAUUAUAGUUUCAGAAAUUAUCUAUUGUGCUGGGUUCCCAGGGUUAAAAACAAUAACUUUUGAUUCAUAUACAUGACAUUUUUUGCGUCCUCUAUUAAAUAAAUAAAUUACCAGGACAAUUGGCGAAAAAAUAGGACUGUCCCGAUCAAUUCAGAACGGAUGUUUACCAUUAGGGAUGAAAUGAUACCAUUCAAGUAUCGAUAAAGCAUUUAAGCUUUUAAAGCUUUUGAGAUGGGCAAUUCAGGAAAAAUAGUCUCGUUUAGUUGAAUAAUUACCAUGACCUUUAAAAUGCCUUUCAAAAAUAGGUGGUUUAAAAUAUUUUCCCUUUUUUUGGCCUGAAACCAGUACACAAUGAAAUGAAGAAAUACAUUUCCUUUGUAACAAAAAUCGAAAAAAGCAUUUAAUUUUAAAAAGUUUUUUACAACUAUAAAAGC